AUGCACCCAAUCUCACAUCGGUUCCUCAAGCCCUGCUCUCUCCACUCGUUUGCUCUCUGCACGUGUUUGCUCUCCCCCACCCCCGCAGGCCCCCUGUGUGCCUCUGCCGGCGAGGCCGCACCAGAAGGGCGUGAUCAACAGCAUCCGCUACCUGCCGUGGGAGGGGCCUCCUUUUGUGUUCGCCACGGGUGGCAGCGACCACGGGGUCGUGCUGUGGCGCGAGGAGCACGCUCAAGGGGGCGGCGCAGGGGCAGCAGGGGACCUGCCCAAGCUGACGCCCAAGGCAGCACACAGCUGCAUUUCCGCCCCCGCUAUUUGUCACCCCUCUCAUUCACCACCUCCUCUCCCCCCCCGUCCCUUCCCCCAGAUCCUCUCCCCGCAACACGUCCCCCUCCUGCCCAUGUGUCCCCAUCACCCCUCCUGGCCAUGUGUCCCCAUCACCCCCCCGCCCUCCCCCUGCCCGUGCAGCUGCUGCAUGGCACGCGGCACACGGCGGGGGUGUACGCCACGGAGGGGCUGAGGGGGCGCAGCGUGGUGCUGUCGGUGGCGGCAGACAAGCGCAUUCUGGGGUGCGAUGCAGAGAGGGGCGGAGCGCAGCUGGUGUUGUCCGCCAUGCUGGACUCGCGCCUCACUGACGUGCUCGCCAACCCCGUUGACUUCAACCUCUUCCUCGUUCAGUCCGGCACGCCAUGUGAGCAGCUGAGGCUGUACGACUUCCGAGCGCCGCGCAAGCAGCAGCACAUUUUCGGGUGGGAGCAGUCGGCGUCCGACUCACAAUCCGCGCUCAUCUCCUCCUGCUGGGCGCCCAGUGGGCUGCAGAUCAGCGUGGGGUCAGCAGAUCCCAAGGUGCACAUAUUCGACGUGCGGUGGGGGGGCAUGAAGCCGCUGCUCACAGUGGACGCGCACGACAAGCGGGUCUUCAAGGCCGCCUGGCAUCCCACCCAGCCCCUGAUCGUUUCCAUUGCCUCCGAUCUCAAUAUUGGCCUCAACCCGAUUCGCACAUGA